CUUCAGGAUACUAUCACGGCUGACAAAAUACGUCCUGCAACACCAACUAGUGACCAAAAAUCCUUUGAGAUGAUGGAUAAGGUAGAAGCCUUUUACAACAAUGGCUGGAGCAGCGGACAAAUUAGCAUGGUACUUGGUGAUAACACAUACUCGGUGUGUCUCUAUACUUCUAUGGAAACUAUUCUAUUCAAACAUUCAGAUUUGCGAAUUCAUAGAGAAUGGAAAGAUGGAGUCUGGAAGAUGGCAGAUAAGGUGAAGCCUGAUAAGAAAAGGAAAGCUGCUGCCUCAUCACAAAAUUCAGGAAUGGAUAAUGUUUUCCUAAGAAGGAGCGAGAGGGUGCCUAAACGAUCUAGAGACACAAAAACUCCAUUCAAGUCUGACAGAAAUCCGGCUUUAACUGUAAUACCUGAGAUUAUACCUGCAGUUGAUCCGUUUUCAACUCCUGCGGAACAUAAGCUUUCAAGGCUUCAAAAUUGGAUGACAUUAAAGCCCGGCAUGCAUGAAACGUCCCUAUCAAUCAAUGAUAAUAAGAUAAGGAAAUCUUUCUUUCAAAGCAUGGAAAAUGCAAAAAAGGACCUUAAGAAAGAGCACAUUGAUGGAGCCUUUGCAAUGCUAAAUUGCAGAAGAAAUGAGAAUGCUGCUUGGUUCCACAACUACAAGAUUCCAAAGGCGUGCUUCCUACCUAUGGAGUUCUUGCAUUGCUUGCUCUCUGAUGAUUUGGCUUACAAGAAAGAAAAGGUCAAAGGUAAAAAGAUUUUCAACGAUUUAUUUAAAGAUACUGUGAGAGGGAAGGUAUAUCCAGAGAAGACAUGGGGAGAAGAUGUUGAUGUUGUGUAUGGGAUUACUCUUGGAAAAAAAAGCAAUGUCUGGAUUGGGAUGGAAAUUCAUUUGAAGAAGAAAAGAAUCACAGUAUAUGAUUGUUUUCAAAAGGAAAGCAACAGCAUUGAUAUUCCUCAAGUGAAAAAGUUGGCAGUGUUGAUUUCUAAUCUGCUGGUGGAAUCUUCUGGUGAUGAGGUAGAUAAAGUGAAGAUGAUUCCAUUUGAGAUUGAGCAGGCACAAGGUUUACCCAAGACAAAACAUCCUUUCAACUGUGGGAUAUUUCUUGUCAAGAUUCUGGAGUGCCAGUCAUUGAAGAUAGGAGACAUGACAAAGAUUAAUGAUGACAAUGCAUUGGAGCUAAGGAGAACCUUGUCUUGUGAGAUCUUCAACCAAUUUGUGGAUGAGAGCUUUGGGAAAUGAGAAUGAUGCAUGAAAACAUUUUUUGUUUUAGUUAAGACUCGGUUUUAGUUAUGACUGUUUAUUUUGUUAUGUUGUUGGCGUCUGGUUACAUAAGAAAGAUUGGAAGGAUAUCAAGUAUUUUUUUUGGGUAUCAUAUAUCUUGGAAGGUUAAAAUAAUGUUUCUGGAUGGGUUUCCAGAAAAAAAGUUAAGUGUUUCAAAUGUAAAAAAGAAUGAAAUGAGAUUAUAUACUAAGGAUUGGACAUGUAUAUGGUAAGCUUAAAAUUGUGAUGUUUACAGACAACAAAAAUUUAGAACCACAAAGGAUCGAACCCAGAGGGAGAGAGUUUGCGUAUUUGGAUAGUGUGGGAGUUUAGCCACUAGGCCAAGAAGAAUCAUCUGUUAAUGGAUUACAUUUAAUUUUAUUUAACUCCAAACUGUAACAAAAAAAAAAUUAAAAUUGAUUUUGAAUCCACCACAUAUCGAACCCGGGGAUAGAGAGACUUUUGAGUUAUGAAAUGCCUUGGUUUAACCGCUGGUCUGAGGAGAAUCAUCUGUUAAAGAAUAUUACAUAAGCAUACUUAAACCAAUUAAUAUAGGAUAGGUUUCCAAAACAAUACAUUUCGAUUGAAAAAAGACAAAACUCUUGCCGUCUCAACACUCUCGCCGUUUCAAACUUCUCGAAUCUCACUCGUCUCCGCCUCUCGAAUCUCUCUCUCAUCUCCAUAUCUCUCGAUCUCCGACGAAAACCCAUCUCCAGAACUCUCUCUCUCUCUCGAUCUUUUACGCGAGCUCUCUCUAUUCUCCGAGAAAAACCAUUUCUAGAGCUCUAUCUCUUUAAGGUAUGUUGCAGAUUCAACCUUAUGUGUGUUUUCUUUCUGAGAGAUUGGUCUCCUGGUUUUUGCUUGUGUAUAGACUUGCUCGUUUUAACCUAAUAUGAUUGGUAGAAUUCUAGUUCAUGUGAAAGCAUGUGUAUAGACUCAGGAAGGAUUUGUAUUGUUUCAGGAAACCCUUCCUGAAAAUUGGAUUUUAAUUAAUUUAGACAAAUAAAAUUUUUCUUGUUUACGCAGGAUAGAAACAAGAUGGGAGAUCCAUUACCAUUAAGACUAGCACUGCCUGAGCUGAGGUAUCCGAUUGGAUCAGAGCCAGAGAAGACGAUAUCGAUAAACCAACACUCGAUAGUUGCUUAUAUCAAAACUGUUAAGGAAAUUCUAGGAAAUGAUGAGUUCAACAGAAUAAGAGGGACGUUUUUGGGACCGGUGAUCAAGCUUGGAGAGAGGUCUUUGAAAUUAUCAGCUAAGAUAGUGCACGCAGUUCUCACCAAAAGCAUCAAGACAGUGAAGAGACACGAAGCAUGGUUCCAUUUUGGUGCUCAGCCAAUGAGGUUCUCUAUAAGAGAAUUCCACAUGGUGACUGGUUUGAAAUGUAGUGGUGAAGCAAGAGAACCACGAGAGGAAACCGAGAAAUUUAAGUGGGACUUCCUAAAAGGGCGUACUCAUACAGUAAAGGACGUGGAGAAGCAGCUCAGAAACACAAGAGAAGAUGCUUCUGAUGAGAGAUUCUGCCUUGCAAUGCUCCUCCUGAUUGAGAGCAUACUACUACAGAAGAGCCUUCUCGACGGUGGCACAACUUUUACUUUGGAUUAUGUGAAAAUAGCGCAGGAUAUGGAUGUCUUGAUGACAUACCCAUGGGGGAGAACAGCUUAUAAUUUGCUGUUAAAAUCACUUCAGAGAGCUGUCGACAAAAGCCUCGACAAAAACAAUUAUGAUUUGCAAGGAUUCCCUAUGGCAUUUCUUAUAUGGAUACUUGAGUCAGUACCUUUGCUACAGUAUGCAUUCAGUCAAGUUGUUCCUAUUCUGAGCGUUCAACCGUCUACCCCAAUAUUUUUGUGUGAGAAGUACCUUCAAAUAGCUUCUCCACAGCUGAUAGAUGUUCUCCUAAUUGAAAUCAAAGAUCAUGUAAGUUUUUACAUUAUUUUUUUCUUGUUUCUGUUUUGCCUUAUGAUUCUCCAUUUAAAAGCUAAUUAUUUUUAUGGUUUCAGCUUAAGGUCACAUGCAUCCUACCUCCUAUUUCUAAUGAUCCAGAAGCUGAUGUUUGCAUGGAAGACGAAGCUAAUAAAGAUCUGGAUGACAUGGCCGAUUUAUCCAAGAGAGGUUAUAAGUUUAAAAUUAGAGAUUGGCGAAACAUGUCAGUAGACCUAUACGGUGCUAAUGAACAAAUAAGAAGAGCA